AUGAAGUCAUCAGAUCCCGCCCGACCCAGCAGCCGUCGCGCCGCCUCAGGUGCUUGGAAUCGCCUGAAGCCGGUCCGCGAAGAUAUUUUGGAAACAUAUGGGCUGCCUUCCAAAGGAGAGACGCGGCUCAAUGACUUCAAAACGCAAGAAGUCUACUUCAACCGCAUCAUAGAACGCUACAUGAAGCUCUGCGCCCUCAACCGCGAUGAACUAGAUCGCCUCUUCAUCUCAGUCAGCGUCCCCCAGUCUACUUCCACAGACACGAAGUCAGCCUCGACCGCAAACUCCAAACUCACAUCUUCCUUCUCCUCGCUUUCCCUCUCUAAACACGCACCCCCAGAGCACCAACAUACCAGCCGCCCGCCCCUCGCAUCCACCUCUACAAACACACCUACGACACACCAGCACCACCCCAUCCCCCAGAAAGCCUUCACGCUCUCCAUAAACGAACUAGCCACAGUCCUCGCCUCCCUGCGCAAACUCCGCGAAGCAAUAACAGCCUCGAACCGCAGUGACGCCUUUGCCCUGCGCGCUUACACCUUCGCAAUUCACGUCAGCAUCCUCUGCCACGACUGGGCCUCGUACCUCCCCUCUCUCCUCUCCCUGCUCAACACAAUACAUCCACGGAAUCCCUUGUCCCCUUCCACCUUACACGAUUUUGUCGGCCUGCUGAUCCUCGAUCAAGCGUGUCGGCAAUCCGAUUUCGCAGGCGCAAGAGCGACAAAGUUGGCAUAUGGGUACAAGGACUGGAGAGUGGAGAAGGUGCUGAAGUGUCUGGUCGCGGAUGAUUAUGUGGGAUUCUGGCGGGUGAGGAAGAGUGUGGAUGGGUAUCAGAGAAGUGUUAUGGAGUGGGCUGAUGGUGGGGUGAGGGUGCAUGCGCUCAAGUGUCUAGGCAAGGCGUAUCUGAGUGCGGACAAGGGCUUUGUGGAGAGGGUUACAGAGAGGAGGUGGGAGGAGUUGGUCAGUGAGGGAGUGGGCUGGGAAUUGAGUGCUGAUGGGGAGAAGGUGUUGAUUAAAAAGCCAAAGGGGACGUGA